AUGGCUGCCCUAACAAGGGUUUGUUCGAGAGUCUGCAAACAAAAUGUUAUUGUAAGAGCACUGUCAACGUCAUCUAAAGUUUGUUCAGCAGAAGAGAAUGUGGGCAAACAGACUCACACAGGACAGGUGUUUGAUAAAGAUGAUUACAGACGAGUUCGGUUUGUUGGAAAAGAUAAACUUGUGAAUCCACAAUGGGCUAUCAAUUUAAUAGCAGAAGACCCAAUCGUAGUCUGUGAUACCAACCAUGUGUGGAGUGACUCUGGUGGACCCCUCGGACAUCCCAAAGUUUACCUCAACCUAGACCCUCCUGAGGUACAAGUAUGUGGAUAUUCUGGUAGAAAAUUUAUACUGAAAAAAUAUUACGAUAAAACCAAACAUGGAGAUAGCAUAAGUUAUGAUGAAUAUUUAAAACAGGUUCGAGCUAAAUACAGCAGUCAGAAUAAAGUUUAG